AUGGAUGAAUAUGAUCAUUGUUCGUUUAUUUAUCCAGGUACAGAACCAAAACCCUCAAAAGCCCUGAAUAGGAGAAGCAAACUCAACGAAAACAAUGAUAAUCAAAAAGAGUUACCAGAACUUACAACCGACCUAUUGGAGCUAAUUGCUAAACGUCAAGAUGUGGCAGGCUUUUGUGGAUUUGGUGCUGUUUGUAAGAGCUGGUUGGAAAUCUAUGAUAGAUCAAGGGAAGAUUUCUUGGAAUCCCAAGCACCAAUGGUAGUUCUUAUAUCAUCAUCACAAGACAAACGAGAAUGCUAUUUGCAUGACAUUGCUAAUGGCAAGACAAAAAAGGUUAUGUUGCCUAACAUAGUUAGCAAAUUCUUUGUUGGGUGUUCAGCAGGAUUCUUGAUCUUAGAAGACAUAUAUCGUGAAAUUUUGCUUAUAAAUCCUUUCACUGGACAUCAACUGAAAUGUCAUGCACCACAUUUUAGCCUUAUAGGCAAAUCUCUUCAUGACAAAAUCAUUGUGGCAUCAACUUCGUCCCCUAAAAGUUAUGUCAUCCUAGCCAUCUCCAAUACUAUGCGUGAGUUGCAGGUCUUUCAUUUUAAGAAUAGUCGUUGGUUUACUUGGCUAUUUCUCAGGCAAGAAUGGGUGGACAUAGCAAUUUUUAAGGGUCAUGUUUAUGUUGUUACAAAAAAUGCUGAAUUAGGGGAAUUGAGGAUAAAAACAACAGACUCCACAAGUGUAGUGUUUAAUUGGCUCAGAGUGAGAAAUACCCCUAAUGUGAAUUACUUUUAUCUUAAGUUGGUUGUUUCAAAUGAUCAACUUUUAAUGGUUGAUUUUGUUCCUGAGGAACAUUUGAAUAUUUACAAGAUGGACUUUGAAGCAAUGGAGUGGGUUAAGGUGGAUGAGUUGGGUGAUCAAGCUUUCUUCUUUGGGAGAGCAUGGGGUUCUGCAAUGAGGAAACCAGGUAGGUGGGGAGGUCAAAGCAACUGCGUGUAUUGUCUUGACACUCUAUCCAACAUGUGCUGCAUAUACUCAAUGGAGGCUCAACUGAUUAGCAAGUUCCCAUUUGUGGAAGAUUCAAUUACUUCUGAAUUAUCCUCAAUUGGUUGGUAUUAUCCACACCAGUGUAUCAAGGUAGAUUAUCUCAAUGAGGAUUAG